ACGGGGUUUUGUGAGGGGAAACGGGGGGUCUGUGAGGAGAGGGGGUGGCCUUGGGCUGAGGUGGAUGAGAUGGCAUAGGGCAGAAGGGCACCGUGGUGCCAGGAGUCCCAGUGUGUGGCCUCCUCCCUGACGAGGGGGGCUGUGAGGUGCUGGUGGGCUCAGGGUGAGGGAGCAGAGCCCUGGGUGAUGCGCUGAGGGGGCCAGAGAAGCUCAGGGAAGGUUCUGGAGAGCCCCCAGAAGUAGGUGUGGGUGGUGGUCAGCAGGGAGGAUGAAGGAAACGUGCCGGAUUUGCGCCCGGGAGCUGUGCGGCAACCAGCGGCGAUGGAUCUUCCACACGGCGGCCAAGCUCAACCUCCAGGUGCUGCUCUCCCACGUCCUGGGCAGGGAGCUGUGCCGGGACGGCAAAGCCGAGUUUGCGUGCAGCAAGUGUGCCUUCAUGCUGGACCGCAUCUACAGGUUCGACACGGUCAUCGCGCGCAUCGAAGCCCUCUCCAUCGAGCGCCUGCAGAAGCUGCUGCUGGAGAAGGACCGCCUCAAGUUCUGCAUCACCAGCAUGUACCGCAGGAACAACGAGGACUCCGGCACAGAUGACAAAGCUGGGGAUGGGACUGUGGACCUCUCUAACCUGCCUGACAUACGGUAUGCCGCCCUCCUGCAGGAGGACUUUGCUUAUUCUGGGUACGAGUACUGGACGGAGCAAGACGAGCACGGCCUGGAGCCACACAGCUGCCACGCUUCAGAGGGAGCGAGCAACCGCCCGCGGCGCUGCCGUGGCUGCGCGGCGCUGCGCGUGGCCGAUGCCGACUAUGAAGCAAUUUGCAAAGUGCCGCGAAAGGUGGCCAGAAGCAUCUCCUGCGGGCUGUCCGGCCGGUGGUCAGCGAGCAUGGGCAACGAGGAGUCAUCCGUGUGCGACACGGCGGAGUCUGCUGGCGCCAGAGGGCCAGUGGAUGGGGAGAGCAUGGAGGAGGGCACGCCCGCGUCCUCCGUUGAGUCCCUGGACACGACAGUGGAGGCCGGCCCUGUGCAGCAGAAGGAUGAAGACACAGAUAAGGGGCUGAAGGGGAACAGCAAAUGUGAUGAUCUGGCAGAGGACCGCGUGACCCCCAGCUCGUCGCUGAGUGGGAACAGGCUGGAGCUGGCACUCAGCUUGAUCAAGGGGUUAGACUACAAACCCAUCCAGAGCCCGCGGGGCAGCAGGCUGCCUAUUCCCGUGAAGUCCAGCUUGCCCCCUCCCAAGCUCAGCCGGGACUUGGCAGAUGGAAGCGCUGCUGGUGGCUUAGCCUAUGCUGGUUCUGGUUUCCUGACCGCAGAAAGAAAAUCCCUUUCCAGGGCUUCUUUGGGUCUUCCCUUGGAGAUUUCUGAACUGCAGGAGCUGUGGGACGACCUCUGUGAGGAUUAUAUGCCACUGCGGGUACAGAAUCUGCAAGAUGAACGUCAGCAGCCAGCUCCAGGACACCCUGCAGCCGGGGAGCACGCAUCCGAUCUGCGUGCUACAGAGCUGCAGGGCAAAAUCCAGCAACUGGAAGCUACCAACCAGUUGUUACAGGAAAAGCUGAAUGAACUGAAUUUUGAGUUAAAAUCUGCCCAAGAAACAUCGCAGAGACAAGAUCGUACGAUUCAGAGUCUGAACGAGGCCCUGAAGAGCAAGGAGAGUGAGACAGAAGAGCUGUACCAUGUCAUUGAAGGGCAGAAUGAGACAAUGGCCAAGCUGCGGGACAUGUUGCACAGAAGCCAGCUGGGACAGUUGCAGAUAUCAGAGAGCCUACCCUCGUCUCAGGAGCAACAAGCGGCACUGCUGGAUCUUCAGAACACGCUUUUCUGCACCCAGCUGGAGGUGCAGAAACUGAAAAGAGCUCAGCGCCAGAAAGAGCAUCAGCUGGCUGAAGCCAGGAGGGCAGCCCAGCUCCUGGAGACCACGGUGCACGAGGAAGAGCAGCAGAAAGAGGCAACCUGGAAACACAACCAGGAGCUGCGCGCUGUGGUCCAGCAGCUGCAGGCAGAGCUGCAGGACAAGGCUCAGCAGAUCCAGGCUGUGGAAUGGGAGAAGUGCCGCGAGCUGCAGGCUCAGGAGCAGAGAGUUCAGUGUCUGAGUCAGCACCUGGUUCACAAGGAACAGCUGCUGCAGGAAUCGAGGGAACUUCUGCAGUGCCAACAAAGCUUGGGCAGGAGUUCCGCAGCCAUGGAUACCAUGCUGGAGAAGCUGCAACAGCGAGUCAGUGACAGGGAUGCUGCUCUGGAGCGAGCAGUAGAUGAGAAGUUCUCUGCCCUGGAGAAGAAGGAGCAAGAGCUACAACAGCUCCGUCUCUCGAUGAGAGAGCGUGGAGGUGACCUGGAGAGGCUGCGCAGCGUCCUGUCCAGCAACGAGGCCACCAUUCACAGCCUGGAGAGCCUCUUGAAAGCCAAAACCCUGGAACUGGAGCAGGUGUCAGCGACCUGCCAAAACCUCCGCUGGCUCAAGGAGGAGAUGGAGGCCAAAUCCUGCAGCAGGCAGAAGGAGCAGGAGGGGAUCAUCCAGCAGCUGCAGACAUGCCUGCAUGACAGGAACAAGGAAGUGGAGGAGCUCACAGCAACUCUGCUCUGCAAGCUGGGCCCAGGGCAGAGCGAGGUAGCAGAGGAGCUGUGCUUGCGUCUCCAGCGCAAGGAAAAGAUGCUGCAGGAUCUCCUCAGCGACAGGAACCGUCAGGCUAUGGAGCACGAUGCUGAGAUCCGGGAGCUGCUGCAGGCCAUGAGCACCAAGGAGCAGUGGAGCAGAACGGCAACUGAGAAGAUGGCACACGCCUUGGCUGAAAGGAGCUGCGAGUUACAACUCCUGCGCCAGCACGUGCUGGGAAAGGAGCCCAUCAGGACCCAGUCGGCUGGUACCAGUCUGCUGAAGCAGGACAAACAACAGCCCCUGCAAGAAAUGCUGCAGAGAGCUGGUGGAGCUACAGCCCCUGCCGGACCCCCGCAGGGGGACAGCUGCCUGACAGAGGGAGCAUCACCAGCAGAACUGGAGAAGGAUCUUGUUAACGCCAAAGAAGAGCUGGAGCUAAUGGCAAAGAAGGAGAGGGAAAGCAGGCGGGAGCUCGCUGCUCUCCAGUCUGUUGUGGCCACGCAGCAGGAAGAACUGCAGGUGCAGGCCUCUGACAUGGAGUCCCUGACCAGGACCAUCCAGAUCAAAGAGGACCUCAUCAAGGAUCUGCAGAUGCAGCUGGUGGAUCCUGAAGAAAUUCCAGCCGUGGAAAGGCUGACACAAGAAGUGCUGGUGCUGCGGGAGAAAGUGGCUGUAGCGGAGUCACAAGGACAAGAGGCUACUGGAAGCAGAAAGCAGCAGUUGUUACUGAUGCUGGAAGGGCUGGUGGCUGAAAGGAAUCGGCUAAACGAGGCUCUCCAGGCAGAGAGGCAGCUCUACAGCAGCCUGGUGAAGUUUCACACGCACCCAGACAGCGCUGCGAGAGACCGCACUCUGCAGGUGGAGCUGGAGGGGGUCCAGGAGCUGCGGGGACAGCUGGAAGAAGCUCUUGGAAGAAGCUUGGAGCGUUUGAGCAGGCUGGAGACACAGGGCGCCAUAGGAGGUCAGGCCGUAGGGACAGAUACUGAUGAUGCCAGCACCGACUUUGCCAGCAGCAUCGAGGAGGAGGUGGCUCACAGCACCACGACCCAGCACAACAGCCCCCGGGCCCCUAAGGAGAGCAGGGGCACUGAGAAGGCACCACCAAGGAGCGCAACACCGGCCCUGCCGGAGCGGGGGCUGCGGGCAGAAGAGGAGCUGCGGGAGCUGAAGGCGCAGCUGGAGGAAGCCGGCUUCUCCUCCGUCUCCCACAUCAGGAAGGCGAUGCUGAGCCUGUGCCUGGAGAACGCGGAGCUGAAGGAGCGGAUGGGUGAAGCCACGUCGCUGCUGGAGAGCGGGGAGCAGGAGGAGGCCGGGCUGGGUGGCUCUGUGUCACCCGAGCCCCGCAGGAUGCAGCGGAAGGGCCGCAGUGCCCUUGGGGACCGCCAGGCUGGUGGCAGCGGGGACAGCCAGGGGCUGGCAGCAGAGAGGGGAGCCGUGCCCACCAAGCGCCCUGCGCUGGAGGUGCGGUGCCGGGACGACGCACCCAAGAGACCCUGCCCCAGUACCCCUGGUGGAGGGGACGGGAGCCACCAGGAGGAGGGCACGGCCCCAGGCAGGGGCUGGUCAGGGCUGGGUGCGGUGCUGCGCUCUCAGGUGGCACAGGGGCAGAAGCAGUGCCAGGAGCUGCAGGACAAGCUGGCCGCCUCGGAGGCCACAGUGCGGGCACAGGCUGAGCAGCUGGAGAAGUACCACGUCCUGCUCCGUGAACCCCACACCCAGCAGCUCAGCAAGCAAGUGCAAGUGGACUUCCAGGACCUGGGCUAUGAGACCUGCGGGCGAAGCGAGACUGAAGUGGACCGGGAUGAGACCACCAGUCCUGAGUGUGAGGAGCCAGACGUGUUCAGCGAGCCCAGCCUGGGCGAGGAGCUGGGGUCCCCAUGCCGCCUGGGGGUGCCCAGGGCAGGCAAGGCUGCCGUGAAAGCCACGUCCCCUCCAGAUGUGGGAGCCCUGUGCCAGCACGUCAAGGACCUCAAGGCGCAGUUGCUCAACGCCAACAAGGUGAUCCAGAGCCUGCAGCGCCGUGCCCGCUCCGUCUCCGUCACCAGCGGCUACACCUCGGGCACCGAGCGGCCCCCACCGGGCCCCGCCACCUCGGCCUCGCCGUCCCACAGCCUGACCGACGAGGACGAGGGCUGGCAGUCGGACGGCCGUGGCACCCUCUGCCCGCCCGCCCUGUGGGCACACCACGACCUGGAGCAGCUGGUGCACCGCGUGGCACUCCUGGAGGCACAGCUGCCCACAACCAAGCCCGGAGGGGGUUUUCCCAAGGAGCUGCAAUCUGCUACCUGGCCAGGGAAAUACAACUCGUUGAUCCAAGCGCAGGCCCGGGAGCUCUCCCACCUGCGGCAGACGCUGCGGGAGGGCCGCGGGGUGAGCCGCAGCCUGGCCCAGCACCUGCGUGAUGCCCUGCGGUCCUUCGAGGAGCUCCUCCGCGGGACCGACAUCGACUACUACCUGGGCCAGGGCUUCCGGGAGCAGCUGACCCAGGGCAGGCAGCUGGCCGAGAGGCUCAGUGACAAGCUGGGCACCAGAGAUCGACAGGAUGGGGAGGAUAAAACCAGCCAUGAACUCCUGGCACUGAGGCUCAGCCGGGAGCUCCAGGAGAAGGAGAAGGUGAUCGAGAGCCUGGAGGCGAAGCUACAGGAGCGCUGUGAGUCCCCGGGCAGCAGCCGCCCGCCCUCUGAGUCGUCCCGCUCUGCCACCAGCGCCUCCUUCGUGUCGGAUGCGCUGGAGCCCUGCUCCGACGGGGAUGCAGCCAGCGAGUGCAGCCAGUGCCACGAGGAGCCCGCCCGACUCCCAGGCCUUCACUUUGACUCCUUGUCCAAACCUGUUAGUGCCCCUCUGCCUGCGCUGACCCCCGGGCUGUCCCCAUUCCUGCCCACGGGGCUCCCCCCGCCCGCAGCCCCCACGCUGCUGGGCUGCUGCGGGACCCCCGCCUGCUCCCUGGCCGAGGCGCAGCAGGAACUGCAGGUGCUCCGGAGGCAGCUGGGAGAAAGUGAGCGUGUGCUUCCUGCACAGGGUGUGACGCUGCCCGUGGCAGCAGCAAAGCCCACAGCCUCGCUGGGACCCCUUGGAGAGGGCGGCAAACCCGCAGCAUCGCUCUGCCAGCACAGCACCCUGCAGAGCCUGGCCAAGGCGCCCGGGGCCAGCGAGCCCCGUGUCCUCUGGGAAGUCCCUGCUCCCGGCCGGCCUCUUAACGGGGCGCUGCCAUCGGGGUACCCGUCCUGCCAGAAGCUAACAGGGGCGGACCUGCUGGAGGAGCACUUGGUGGAGAUCCGCAGCCUGCGCCAGCGCCUGGAGGAGUCCAUCUGCACCAACGACCGGCUCCGGGAGCAGCUCGAGCGCCGCCUGGCCUCUACCGGCAAGGCCAGCGGUUUGCCUGGCGAUGUGUACACCCAGGGGCCGGAGCUGGGGCUGCAGCUGAGCGGGGAGAACCGGGCGCUGCGCGAGGACAACCAGAGCCUGCGGCUGCAGUGUGACCAUCUCUCCCGAGAGCUGGCACGGGUGCAGGAGGCCCUCCUGGCUGCCUGCUCCCGGGUGCGGGAGGCUGAAGCAGAGCUGGGCCAGAGGCACGGGGAGCAGCGGAGGCUGGCGGAGGAGCUCACCAAGCACCAGGAGAGCAUCCGGCAGCUCAGGGAUGAGCGGCUCUCUCUGCAGGAGGACAACAACAGGCUGCAGCACACCGUGACACUCCUGCAGCAGCAGUGUGAUGAGCACCGCCUGCUCCUGCAGGCCCUGCGCACCGAGCUGCACGUCUACGAGAGCCUCCCUGGCCCCGCUGCCGAGCCCCGUGCAGGCUGCUUCCCGUCCCCUCCGGUGCGGGAUGUUGGCACCAGCUCAGCAGCUUUCUCCCCACCACCCUCUAAGACAUCGGUGCCCCGACAGGUGGACGAGCCACGUGGGGCAGACCCAGCGGUGAGGAGGAGCGAGGGACCGACGGGGGCUCACGUUGUCGGCCGCCUGGACACCUACCGGUCCCUGGAGCAGCAUAUCCUGGAGGGAAAGGCGCUGGCCCGUGAGCUGACCUGUGUGACGCGCCCGGCGCUCGGGCUGCCCAACCACCUGCUCCCGGGAAAGGAGGUCCCGGGGUGCACGGGCGCAGGACACCUCUGGGGCAGCGCCAGCACCCUGCACCGCAUCCUGGAGGAGUGUGCCUCUCUCCUCACCACCUUCUGGAGCACCGUGCUGCCCGUCAGCCCUGCCCAGCACCAGGGCAAGGAGCAGGCAUUACAGGGUGAGAUCGUGGCGCUGCGUGCCCAGCUCUCUGAGAAGGAGGAUGCUCUGCAGAGCACAGCCGAGCGGCUCCGCAGCAUGGCCCGGCUCAAGGACAGCAUGGAGCAGUUCAUCGUGAGCCAGCUGACCAGGACUCACAGCGUGCUGCGCAAGGCCAGGACGAACCUGGAGGUGAAGGCCCAGCAAGCCCUGCCCGUCGCGUGAGCCCCAGGCGGGGUGGGAGCGAUGUCCCUGGCCAUGCAACGGCCCGUCGGCCACCGAGCCGUGCUGCCUCCAAGGGCUGGAGCAGACAGGGCUCAGAGGUGCCCAGCGCUGCCCCAAAACCAGGCAGUGGGUUUGGGACAGCGCUGGGCGUUGCGUUCCCUCUGUUUGCCUUCGCUUGGCAUCGCAGCAACAGCUGCUGGCUUGGGCUUUGCCUGCCCCAUGCUUCAGUGCGUGCCCCCUCCCACCCUCUGGCCCUGGGACUCGGUCCCACCUGUAACCUUGCUGCACACCUGCCUCUGCUCGUGGCUGUAUGUAUAUAGAGAUAGAUACAGGUACAGAUAUCGGAGCUGCGUUCCAGGGGCUCCCCGGGCGUGCUGGGGCCCCGGCGCGGGAGGAAGAUGUAAGAAAUGACGUGUUCUGUUCAGUGGCUUCAGAGUCCCCAAUAAAGCUUUCCUUUGGGUCCUGGUG